AUGAAAGCUGAUCGAGGUCUUGCCCAGUACACUAUCAUCCGAAGUGAGGGAGCAGACGAUAAAAUGACAUGCGAUUACAUCAAGGACUAUUUUGAGGAGCAGGAGGAGACUGAACAAGAGUUAUCCGCACGAGUGAAUAUUCUCUGUCACGCACAAGCUGGUGGCGCUCCAUCGGCUUUCGAUCGUCAAAUGGGACUUCGUAUGGCAAUAUACGCUUUUCAAGGCUUAAGAGACCCGAAAAGAAUGGGAGAUCACGAUUGUUGUGUAUUGGGGAAGAAUGGUUCUGGAGCGAAUCCGUGGUACCCAGUUAAAAAGACCGUCAUUGGCAGAGCUCUUUUAGCCAAGGAUCCGUUCCAGAGCACUAUUUCCCCUCCGUUGCCUCCGCUAUCGGAUUUGCAUCUUGGAGAUAUCGGAGAGUCUAUUUUUACUUGA